AUGAUAUCCAAAGUGACAAGGCUGAUCCUGAUACUUAUUCAAGUAAGCAUUGUAGAGGGAUGGUCGGCAGCAAGCGAACUGAAUCUCCGGAGUACUUUGUUUGCUGCUGCUUCAUAUGACCGAUUAGUUAGACCAUCAGAGGCCAUGUCUGUUAAAGUUGGAAUCAGUCUGAUAUCUAUUAACGAUGUGAGCAUGGUGGACCAAAGCAUGUCCGUGACGGGCUGGCUUACUGUGGAGUGGGACGAUUCCCGCCUUACAUGGACCCCCGCAUCAUACACCAACACAGACCACUUCUACGCGUUAGAUAAGGAGAUAUGGAAACCGGAACUGUUCAUCGACAAUUCUAUGGAGGAUGUGUCGAUACUGCAGGAUGACAACCUUUUGUUUCGUGUGUCAGAAACUGGCCGGGUUGACUGGGAAAUGCCACAGAUCUUCAUCACAUCUUGUACCAUUGAUACCACCUACUACCCUUUCGAUACACAGGAGUGUGCCAUUGACGUAACUAGCUGGGCCUAUACUCGGGAUGAGCUCAUACUUACCCAUCUACGGAAUUACGUAAACACCGAAGACCUUGGGGAAAAUGGUGAAUGGCUAUAUACAAACUCCAGGAUUGAAACAUCUAGUAUUCAAGAGACAACAGCGAAUGGUGUAGUGGAAACUUUUUCUCUCCUGAAAUUCUUCAUUAUUCUGACACGGCGUCAUGAUUUUUACAUGACAAACGUCGUACUCCCGGUUGUGCUUACAUCCUUCCUAAUUGUCCUCGUGUUUGUACUUCCGGUGGAUUCCGGCGAGAAGGUGUCGUACGCCCUGACAGUACUGCUUGCCCUAGCCGUACUCCUGACUCUGAUUGCGGAUAGCAUGCCCAACACAUCACUGAAUGUGUCUAUACUUUCUGUGUACCUGGCCUUCACAUUGAUUAUGGGUGUGCUGGCUGUUGGAAUGUCGGUAAUAGUCCUCCGUAUACAUCACAAGGACAGCGCAGAACCAGUGCCAUCCUGGCUACAGUCGAUGACGGACAGAAUUUUUGCUAGGUUUGGAUGCUGGAGAGGGUGUUGUGGUCGAAAUGAUAACCGUGUUCAGGUCAUUAACAAAGAAUCAAACGGAACUGACGUAGUUCAGAAUGAGGAGGCGAAUAUUUCGGAAUCUUCACAAUAUAUCAUUCCAAGCUACUCCUGGGUGGAGGUAGCGGCCAUUUUUGACUGGUUUUUAUUCGUGUUGUUUUUCGUGGUGGCUUGCAUUUCGGCUGUUACGUUCAUGGUUGUUCUGAGGAUUGGAGGGGCAAUAAAAGCUGCAAAUGCUUAA